AUGAAGUUCAUCUUUGGGAUUCUCUCAUUCGUCACCGUCGGCUUGAUCAUCGGUUCCGUCUCUCAAUUGGCCUUUUACGACAACUGGAAGACUCACAUGACAUUCCAUCGUCACAUUGUGGUUAUAAAUAUUGAAAUGUUUGUCCUUCCCUGUAUUCCAUCUUUGAAAAAUGACAAGGAAGCAGAAAUCUUACGUCCUGGAUAUGUCAAACCUGAAGUUCUUAGCUGGUCUCCGAGAAUUAUUUUACUGCGUAACUUCCUAAGCAUGGAGGAAUGUGAGUAUCUUAAGGCCUUAGGGUACCCUCACCUUCAAAAUUCACGAGUGAUAGAUGACAAAACGGGAAAGGGUGUUGACACCAAACGCAGGACAAGCUCUGGUAUGUUCCUAAGUUCAAAAGAUAGAAAACACCCAAUGGUGCAGGCAAUUGAAAGAAGAAUUUCAAUAUAUGCUCAAGUACCAGUUGAAAAUGGAGAGCCAAUGCAAAUUUUGAGGUAUGAGAAGAAUCAGUAUUACGAACUCCAUCUUGACUAUUUUAGUGAUACUUACGACUUGAAAAACAAUGGGCAGCGAAUAGCGACAAUGCUUAUGUAUUUAAGCGACAAUGUUGAGGGUGGUGAAACAUAUUUCCCAAAGGGUGGUUCAGAUGAGUGUAACUGUGGUGGGAAAAUUGUCAAAGGGCUAUCUGUGAAACCUGUUAAAGGAAAUGCAGUACUUUUUUGGAGUAUGGGACUAAGUGGACAAUGA